CCAUAUCUCAAAUGUAAAUAUUAUGACAAAAAUAAUCUGAAGAGGAAACGCAAAGAAAUCGACUGAAAUGGAGAAACGUCACCUGGAAGAGAAGGCAUCAGUGGAAGAGAACCAAACCUGGACAAACCCAGGCAAACACGAUGAUGAAGCCUCAGUUGGUUCCAGCGAUGGACAGCAGGUUCAGCCCGGCCAGAAGCUGCAGAAAAAACAUCGAUGUGAAAAGUGUCUGAAACAUUUCAGAUUUGAGAGUCAUCUGAAAAUUCAUCAGCACAUUCAUACUGGAGAGAAGCGCUAUCUCUGCGACCAGUGUGGAAAGGGUUUCACUCAGAAUGGUUAUUUUAAGAUUCAUCUGCGAAUCCACACUGGCGAAAAGCCUUACAGCUGCAAUCAGUGUGAGAAGAGGUUCAAAUGUUCCACAGGGCUGAAGUCUCAUAAGCGAAUACACACGGGUGAAAAGCCUUACAGCUGCGAUGAGUGUGAGAAGAGCUUCAAAUAUUCCUCAGUGCUGAAGUGUCAUCAGCGAAUCCACACUGGUGAAAAGCCUUAUAGCUGCUAUCAGUGUGGGAGGAGGUACAGAUUUGCUUCUGGGCUGAUGUAUCAUAAACGAAUCCACCCAGAAUAAAAAUCCUGAUCCACAUAAGACAGCAGCAACAUCUGGAAUGUGAGGGAACUUCUUUCUCUCCUCCUGUCUUCUAUCACUACAGCAACAACAGUCGGUGCUGUCACUAACAUUUAUAUCAAUAAUAAUAACAAGCAUGCAAAUAA